AUGAAUAUCUAUGGCCCAAAUGAUGUGGCUGCUAGACAAAGGUUGUGGAAAACACUGUUAUCUGUUAAAAACGACUAUGUAAACCCAUGGUGCAUUAGGGGAGAUUUUAAUGAGAUUCGAACUUUGGGUGAAAUGCAAGGAAUGGAUCUACCAUUGAUGGGGAAGAACUACACCUGGUCAAAUUCUCAAGGUAGCGAACGAUGGAGCCGUAUUGAUAGGUUUCUUCUUCAUCCGGAGUGGAUGGAGGUUUUCAAGGUAGUAAAGAAAUCUGGGGAGUAUAAUAUUAUUGAAGGUUGGGCAGGGUUUAGGGUGUUCAGAAAAAUGAAGGAAUUGAAGGGUAAAUUGAAAGAGUGGAAUUAUUCUGUCUUUGGCAAUAUUCAUGAUAAAGUGAAGAGCAUUGAAGAUCAACUACAUUCUCUGGAUCUUGUAGCAGAGAAUAACCCAUUGAAUGAUGCGGAUAUUUUAAAAAGAAAAGAGUUAAAAUCAGAACUCUGGAGUGCUUUGAAAAGGGCCGAAUGGCUUUGGCAUCAAAAAUUAAGGGUUGAUUGGGCUCUUAAAGGCUAUCAAAACACUACAUAUUUUCACAUCAUUGCCAAUGGUAGACAACGAAGAAACUUCUUGAACUCUAUUAUGGUGGAAGAUAUUAGUGUGGAAAAUCCUGAUGGGGUCAAGCUAGCAGUGCUCAAUCAUUUCAAAUCCGUUUUUUCUGAAAAAUUGAAGAAAAGGCCAUAUUUGGAAGGUAAUUUUGGGUCUGUAAUUAGUGAGGACAUGAAUAGGCUAUUAGUUGAGAACUUCUCUGAGAAGGAAAUAUGGUCAGCCAUUAAGAGUUACGACGGUAACAAAGCGCCAGGUUCAGACGGGUUUAACAUGCUUUGUUUGAGGAAGUGCUGGAAAAUCAUGAAGGGGAUAUUGUUCAAUUUUUUACAGAAUUUCAUGCUCAUAGGAAACUUUUUAAGGGCCUGA